AUGCUCUCUUCAAAUGCGAUUGCAGAACUACCUUUCCCCCAGCCACGGAUCUUCACAAAUGCCCUCCUCGGCAUUCACGAUAUCACUGCCCUGAUUCGGGAUACAGAAGCCCAUGAACGAGCCCUGUUUCAGAGUGACCCGUCCGUGAAAUCGAGUAGCGCCCAGAGGCGAGCCACAAGACGAGCAACUCAAUUCCAGCCCGAUUCAGAAACAGAGUCCAUGGCGAACCGGAUCUAUUCGGCUCGAAAUAACAGAAAUCAGUCGGCUGUUGCCCGAGUAUUAGGCUCCGACAUGAUGGAUGAGAUCAAGCGUUCUGCUCGAAGCUCGAGCAAUGGGGCUCGCGGUGAAGUAAAUGUCGACGUCUUGCUCCAAGGCGCGGAGAUACUUUGUAAUGUUUACCCAGUUACCGGCGCCCAAGAUAAGAUUGCUAGUCUCCGUUACCGCAACCAGCUUAUUUCAGAGUCAAUUGCAGAGUUAGAGGAGCAAGUGGCUAGGAAUACUACGGAACUAGAGUGCAUGAGCCGCUUCUAUAACGAAGAGUACGACGAAUUCGAAAACACGGACCCUCCAGAUACUGGUGUCGCACAUGUUACUGAUGCUGACCUUGAGCGUGAACUGGAAGAGAUCCGAGAGCUGGAAAGAAAAAAGCGAAAUUUGGAGGCCCGUGUCAAUGGGAUGGAACGCGAUUUGGGCGGCCUCAUGGGAUGA